AUGACAUUCCCGCCUCCAGAAAUAACAGACAUUGUUCAAGAAAUAGCAUCAAUACUACGAUCUAGGAACCAAACAUUGGCCAUUUCAGAAGCUGCUUGUGGUGGAUUAAUAUCAGCCUACAUAGUCUCAGUCCCCGGUGCCUCUGAUUUCUACAUUGGCGGUAAAUUACUAUACUCAUUGAAACAAAGAUUGAAACUUUCAGGUUGGUCAGAUGAAGAAAUUGCCAAUUAUAUGGGUCCUAGUGAACAAGUGGCUUUGAAAUUGGCAAGAACGGCUAGGUAUGAAUUGGGCUCGACUUAUGUUCUUUCUGAAACUGGGUUUGCUGGACCUUCGACUGAUUUGCAUUUAUCCAAUAGGGAAAAUGAGAGUGCAACUCUGGCGAGUGAAGUGAAGAAGACGAGUAAUAGUAAUGGAAACGGAAAUGAAAAUGGUAGAGUUGUACCACAUGUGGGUACGGUAUUUCUUGGAUUCACGGGACCCAAUGGUGAUUUCUCAACGGAAAAGGAAUUUGGCAAUCAAGAGAGAUCAAAGAAUAUGAGUGAUUUUGCCAAGUUUGCCUUGGAGUUUUUGUUGGAACAAUUGCGAAAAUAA